UAGACAUUUCUAUCCGUAUUUCUUAUAUUGUCGCUCGAGCAUGCAGAAUCCUUCUUCUGCCCAUCAAACCCUAGCGGACUGUUACUGCUCGACCAUCGAUCAAGCCUGUACCACUACUGCUUCUUGAUUCUCUUCUCCUUCUUCCUCUUCUUCUUCUCCGUGAACAAUCACUUCUGAUUUCAAAUUUUGAUCCUGCAACGGAGAAGUUCAUAGAUGGACGACUGGGAGGAUGAGCAAAUUCCACCACUCCUUGCAAAGGAGCAACCUAAAAGUAAAUGGGAUGAUGAAGACGCAGACGAAGAUGAUGUGAAGGAAUCAUGGGAGGAUGAAGAUGAACCAGCUCCGGCACCUGCCGCGAAACCUCCUCCUGAAAAACCAUCUAAGAAACCUGCUGCAAAAUCUAUAGAAAAGAAAGGAAAAACUGUUGAAGUAGAAAAAGAAGAGCCUCAGCCUCUAGAUCCUGUUGCUGAGAAACUUCGCCAACAAAGGUUAGUAGAAGAAGCUGAUUACAAAUCUACUACAGAAUUGUUUGCUAAGAGGAGUGAUGAGAAGACACUUGAUAACUUCAUUCCCAAAUCUGAGAGUGACUUCUUGGAAUAUGCAGAACUUAUUUCGCAUAAGCUUCGUCCAUAUGAGAAAAGUUUCCAUUAUAUUGGCUUACUCAAGGCAGUAGUGAGAUUAUCAAUGAAUUCAUUGAAAGCAGCUGAUGCAAAAGAUGUUGCAUCUUCUGUGACUGCAAUUGCAAAUGAAAAGCUGAAGGCAGAAAAAGAAGCCAAUUCUAGAAAGAAGACAGGUGGGAAGAAGAAACAGCUCCAUGUUGAUAAGCCAGAUGAUGAUUUGGUGGUUGAUACCUAUGAUGCUCUUGAUGACUAUGACUUUAUGUGAUCUAUAUUGGAGAUAAUUUUUGCUGUUCGUUUCAUAUGCUCGUUACACCAUAAUUGGAUUUAUGUUGUAAACUGAGAGGAUAGCAUGAAUUUUCACUUUUGUUUUGAGCCGUUUGGUUAAACCUUGAAAAACUAGAAAGUGAGUGAUUUUAUAUUCAUUUGACGGUAUUAAAAAUUGAAAUAAAAAAUGGUUGGCAGAAAAAAAUAUCAUCUCAUUCAAUGGCA